CAGAGUGGGCGCGUCCCUACUGGAUGGAGGGGGAAGUAACACCCCAAGAACGCUGUCAUUUCCUGGGCCGAGUUGUGACCUGGACGGCCUCAGCAUGAUGAAACAGGCAGCUGCUGCUGCAGUGGGAGGAGCCCUGGCAGUGGGUGCUGUUCCCGUGGUGCUCAGUGCCAUGGGCUUCACUGGGGCGGGAAUCGCCGCAUCCUCCAUAGCAGCCAAGAUGAUGUCCGCAGCAGCCAUCGCCAACGGCGGUGGGGUUUCUGCGGGGAGCCUGGUGGCUAUUCUGCAGUCAGUGGGGGCAGCCGGACUCUCCACAUCAUCCAACAUCCUCCUGGCCUCUGUUGGGUCAGUGUUGGGGGCCUGCUUGGGGAAUUCACCUUCUUCUCUCCCAGCUGAACCCGAGGCUAAAGGAAAUGAGGCAACAGAAAAUGUACCCCAAGGUGAACCUCCAAAACCUCCACUCAAGUCAGAGAAACAUGAGGAAUAAAAGUCACAUGCAGAUGCA